CCUCUGAGCUGCGUGACGUCAAACUGCUGCGCCCGUGUGUCGGCUGCAGACAUGGCUUCCCGGCUGGAGAUCAACUUCGUCCGAUUGUUGUCCCGCUGCGAGUCCAUAGCGUCGGAGAAGCGGGGAGAGGCGGAGUGGAGGCUGGAGAAGUAUGUUGGUGCUCUGGAGGAGAUGCUGGUGGCUCUGAGGAAAAACCCGAGCAAACCGACUCCAGAGGUUCUGACUGAAUACACAAGAAAAGUAGAUUUUCUGAAAGGACUUCUAGAGGCAGAGAAACUGUCUUCAGCAACAGAAAAAGCUUUAGCUAAUCAGUUCCUGGCCCCCGGACGAACGCCCACCAUAGCCAACGAGAGGAUGCCUGCAACGAAGACGGUCCACAUGCAGACGAAGGCUCGCUGUACGGGAGAGAUGAGGGACGAGCUGCUGGGAACGGGAUUAUCAGGGAAAGGCACGUCGGACCUGAGAAACAGAAGAGGUCUCCCUCUGGAUGAGCGUCAGUCAGCUGCUGAGCUGGACGCCGUCCUGCAGCAUCACCACAACCUGCAGGAGAAACUGGCCGAGGACAUGUUGAACCUGGCCAGGAACCUGAAGAACAACACGCUGGCAGCACAGAACAUCAUCAAACAGGACAACCAGACUCUGAGUCAGUCCAUGCGUCAGGCCGAUUUGAACUUCGAGAAGCUGAAGACGGAGUCGGAGCGACUGGAGCAGCACACCAAGAAGUCUGUGAACUGGCUGCUGUGGCUGAUGCUCAUCCUGGUCUCCUUCACCUUCAUCAGCAUGAUCCUCUUCAUCAGAAUCUUCCCCCGACUCAGAUGAUGACGGAGCGUGACCUCCUGAACUCUUUAGUCCUCCUGUGUUUACCAGAGCAGGAACCUCGCAGGCCUCCAUAGAUCCUCACAGCGUCCAGAUCAAUAGCGGUCAGAACCAAACGUUUGCACUUUCACAGCUGAAAUUCUUCCUCUGAACGAGGGCUGGUGAAGGUUGGGUUUGAAGCAUCAGUAUUCCUUUGUGUAGACAGUGCAGGACACAAAUAGAAGAAGUCUUAAUACGCAGACGACAGCCUUAAUUAUAUUCAUGGUCAUCAGGUAGGAGACCAGCCUUCAGCAUGAAUUUGCACUUUGUCAGUAAAGUCAUUCGUGUUUUUUAGCACAUUUAUUUCCACCGUGUUUGUCAACCAUCCACCAGACUGUUUUAUUUCUAGAUUAAUUCAACACUGAGUCAAAAAACUCAUUAUAAAGAGCUGUGGAUGUGCUUAAAUCAACACCUGUUGCUUAUUUCAAAGACUUUUAAGACCAAGAUUUACAAGAAUUACAAUUUUUUUUCACACCUGCGAACAUCUCUGUUUUGACCUCAAGGAAAAAGUCUUACCUGUGCUGCCAUAUUUCCAUAUUUAGAGUUCAACAUCUCCAGAAAUCAAACUCCCACAGUCAUGAAACUUGGUGAAGACACAGACAGGAUAGUUUUCAUCACGUCCGAAAUAGUUAAAUUGUCCCAACAGAGGCCAAAUUUGUAAAUGACUGGCCCUUAAAAAUGAAAAAAAUGAUGAAUUCUUAAAAUUAGGGCCCUAGAAAGUUCAUGUUGGUGUAUUUAUAUGGAUGUAUCAACAUUUCCAACCAACAAUACAGUCUUUGGUUGACAUUUCACCAACAUUUGAGGCUCCAACAUCAGUGGAAUUUGAAAUGUGUCAAGUUUGGCAAGACAAACUUCUAGUUUUUUUUGCUAUUUUGACAAAAUGUUGAUGUGGAGCACAAAAACAAGCGUGCAUUGGGGUCUAUAUACUCUCAUUAUAUGUGCAAAAAUAGAGCUUGAAUGCAGACAUUCCCAACCAUUUUGACUUCCAGGUGAAGAAAUGAUAAUAUGAAUUACUGGUCCCUGAAAUUGAGAUAAAAAGCAAAAUGUUCAGUGAAUUUUGGCAUUGGGACCCUUGACAGUGUAAGUGUGUAUAAAUGGAUGGAUCGAUAUUUCCUGCUAAAAAUACAGUCUUUGGUCGACAUUUUAUCGACUUUUAGGGACUCUACUAUCAGUGGAAUCUGAUGUGUUGCAAGACGAGGUUGGUGGAUGUGCUAAAAUACAGAAUACAAACAUUUAGUAAAUGGUUUAUAUCUCAAUAUAACGCUGGUAUAAGCAGAUAUGAGGAUGUAUGUAACCGUAUACUGUCGUUUAUUACGUGUUUAUACGCCGGCCUCCACUUACAGGCGUUAGUAAAUAGAUUAUUAAACAGGAAUAUCUGCUCAUAACUGUACAAAAGUGUGUUUAAUCCCCUUAUAUCGUGUUAAAUGGGUUAAAUUCUUUCACUAAAAUGAAGCAAUAUUACAAAUUGCUACCUUGAUUUUCAUUUUUCUUGCUGUUCAGGUGUGGAAUCAUCUGUUGUGAGGAGUUUCAGGUCUCUGUGCUGUCAAGUUCUUUUGUCCACGGUUUGGUUCCGUAAAUCAGGUGAAGAUGUUUGUUGAAGUUCGUGACGCUGCAGCUGCUGAUGAAGUGAGAAGUUGUUCCCAUUAAAUGUCUGUGACAUCCAUUCUUGUUUGAGCAUGUAGAGGGAAAGGUGUGUGUGUGUUUGAUGUCUCUCUCUAUUAACUAACCAGAAUGUCAAAAACCUGAAAAUAAACACACCAAAAUGUCAUUUUUACCUCCACUCCAGGUGACUAAAUCUAGUUUUUGUUCAUAGCCAACUUUAAGCAUCAUUAUUAUGGGAUGUGUCGUAGUUUGAACAGUAAAACUGCAGCAGUUUAAUGACAUAGAACAGUGGUACCCUGGAUGUGUUUCUGUUUUCUGAUAAUUCACCAGAGAAAACUUUAAAAAUGCAUUCUGGGUAAACUUUAAGGAUAGUUUUGUGUUUCUUUGUGGGUGUUUUGUGUCUAUUUUUGGUUGUUUUGUGUCUUUUCUGACCAGUAGUACCACAGUGAAUGCAUCGUCCUGACAGUGAAGCACGGAGGUGGAAGUAUAAUGAUAUGAGGCUGGUAAAAACCUGAAAAAGUGCAUUGUGGGUAAACUUUCAAGGCUCAUAUCAGCAUGUGUGAUAGGUGGUUGGUCAGAACAAGUUCUAGACAAUGAAAGGAUCGACUCUGUCAUUAAACUGCUACAGUUUUACUGUUCAACCUACGAUACAUCCCAUAAUAAUGAUGCUCACAGUGGGUUAUUGAACAAAAAUGAGAUUUUGACUUCAAAUUGUAUCACUCCCACCUCCAUGUUUCACUGUCAGGACUAUGCAUUCACUGUGGUACUAAAGGUCAGAAAUACACAAACAACCACAAAUAGACACAAAAUAACCACAAAAACAACAAAAUCACUCUUAAAGUUUACCCAGAAUGCACUUUUUAAAGUUUUCUCUGGUGAAUUAUCAGUAAACAGAAACACAUCCAGGGAACCAAUGAUUGUUUCUAUGAAUCUAUGUCAUUAAACUGUUGCAGUUUUACUGUUUAAACUACGAUACAUCCCAUAAUAAUGAUGCUUAAAGUUGGCUAUGAACAAAAACUAGAUUUAGUCACCUGGAGUGGAGGUAAAAAUGACAUUUUGGUGUGUUUCUUUUCAGGUUUUUGACAUUCUGGUGAGUUAAUAUCCACCAAAAACUGUUCUUUGGACACAGAAGGACGUUGAAAAUUCACUCAAAUGAUCUUAUUUUGCUGCUGAAUUCUAAGAAAUCGGAUAAAUCAAAACAAAAUUGAGGUUGUGACACCUGGAGUGGAUGUAAAGCUGAUCUGGCUGCAGUUUAACAGAACUCAAAUGCGUUUUACUGCUAUCAAAAUGUCAUGUGUCUAUCUGCUGGAGUGAUCAAGUUAUGAGGCUCAGAAAUGAUGGAAAAGAAUUAAAAAUCAGUCAAUGUCGACAUAUUUCUAUGCACUUUAAGGGCCUGUAGGUCUGAAAAUAUUCAUAAUAUGAAGGUAAAACUUUGCCAGAUUAUUGCAGAUAAAGGAUGAUCUGAUUGUGGUGAUUUUUCUGUGACUCCAGUGUUUGUGAACCAAACAGUGCCCCCUAUCUGUCUGUACUUUAAUAAAGCAGCUGCAGUACCUCCCUGCAGCCUCUAGGCGUCA